AGCAAGCAAGCACUGCCGUCGCUGCCAACUUUCACUCUUAGUCAUUGGGCUCUGCAGGACAAUGGCUUCGGACUCUGCCGACGAGACAGACAGAUCGCGAUCCCGCAAGUCAAGUGUCCGCAAGCGUGCUCAGCUAUGGAUGACCAAGGGCGGGCUUGUUCGUGACGACUCCGACGACGAACUCGGCGAGGAAGAUCAUCCGUGGGAAUGGAUCUAUGACCUAGACGAUGAGAAUGAAGAGCAGGCGACUGCCGAUGGCCUUGAAGACACCCCGAAAUCGAGCCGGAGACGCUCUUCCCGCCCCAAUACCAAACGCCGCCGGACGAUCAUCGGAGCUCGCAUGGGCUCGUUCGAAUGCGCCUUGGGCCAGGUUGUACUUCUGAAAUCCCCAGAGUCUGGGAAGGACUGGAUUGGGAUCAUCACGGAAUUCGUCGAAGAGGAGGAUGAGGAUGCUGAAGGCGAAGUUCUCAAGUUGGCAAACAUCAUGUGGUUUGCUUCUCCGGAUGAGUUUAUGUCGACAAGGAACAAAAGACGAGCUGACGCCUUGCCCAACGAGCAAUACCUGACGGCAGAUUUCAACGUCAAUCCCCUUACGUCGAUCAAUGGCAAAGCUACGGUAAUGUCCAAGGACGCAUUCUACGCCAAGUAUCCCGGCGGUAAUCCUCCGAAGGGAAAGGACGCUCUAGCCGAAUUCAACAAGUGUAUUGUUUGUCGAAGAGGUGUGAACCAGGUGCAGGGCCGAUACACAGACGAGUUUGUCUGGGAGGAUGUAUAUCAUGAAGAUAGGAUAUUUGAACUUAUCACUAUGAUCAAGGAGGGCUUGAAAGUAGCCAAGAAGCGCAAGCAAGUCGACAACGACUAUGUUGACACGAAGGAGGAAGAUGACUUUGUCCCCACCACUCCUAGAAAGAGGCAAAAAGUGGCUACAAAUGCCACUCCUCAAUCUCGGCGUCAAAAGAGCUUUACCACCCCAGCUCAUAAGAGAAUUGUUGUCAAGAAGCCACUCGAAUUUACCCCCCUUGGCACUCGUGUUCUUUCACCAUCGCAUUUCGCCUCUCCAUAUCGUCAGGCGCGCACCCUUCUGCACGUUUCCACCGUGCCUACAUCGCUUCCAUGCCGGAAGACAGAGUUCGAGACGGUCUACAGCCACCUCAGCGCCGCUAUCAUGGAAGGAACGGGGGCCUGUAUCUAUAUAUCAGGAACGCCGGGCACGGGAAAGACGGCCACGGUCCGCGAGGUCGUCGCACAGUUGAACUCGGCUGUGCUGGCGGAGGAGAUGGAUGACUUCAUAUUCGUCGAGAUCAACGGCAUGAAGGUCACUGAUCCCCACCAAUCUUACUCAUUGCUUUGGGAAGCACUCAAGGGAGACCGGGUAUCGCCCUCGCAUGCUCUAGACCUCCUUGAACGGGAGUUCUCACAUCCGUCCCCACGACGAGUGUCCUGUGUUGUCCUGAUGGACGAGCUCGAUCAGCUAGUCACGAAGAACCAGUCGGUGAUGUACAACUUCUUCAACUGGCCUGCCCUCCGUCACUCGCGUCUUAUCGUCUUGGCUGUCGCAAACACCAUGGAUCUCCCAGAACGUACGCUCAGCAACAAAAUCUCCAGUCGUCUGGGUCUCACCCGUAUCACCUUCCCCGGAUACAAACACACCGAUUUGAUGGAAAUCAUCAGCACUCGCUUAGCGAAUGUACCGGGGAACAUCGUUGACGCGGACGCCAUUCAAUUCGCCAGUCGUAAGGUAGCUGCCGUGAGUGGUGACGCCCGACGUGCCUUGGACAUCUGCCGGCGUGCCGUCGAAAUUGCCGAACAAGACAGCGAGGCAGCAGUCAAGGACCUGGAUGCCGAUAGAAUUGAUGCAGAUGACACCGAAUCCCUACCUCCCACCCCGAGUAAAACGCCUGCCCGCAGGGAACGGGCCCUCAAGCAAUCAUCCCAACUAUCUCCUCAAAAGAAACCGCCCACGAAACCGCAUAGCGUUGGCCGAGUUACCAUCGCUACCAUCAAGCAGGCCAUUCACGAAGCAACAUCUACUCCGCUACAACAAUCUCUCCGUUGCCUACCCCUUGCGGCCAAGCUCUUCCUCGCCGCCAUGCUAGCCCGCGUUCGACGCACCGGUAUAUCCGAAUCGACAUUCGGCGACGUCAUCGACGAAGCCAAGCGAAUUGCAGACGCCGCCGUAGCCGUCGCCGGAGCAGCAGGAGCUGGCAUUAGAGAGUUCCUGCUAGGCGGAGGCAACAGUGCUCGCGUGCGAGCCCUAGGAUACGCUGCCAUGGAACUGACGAGCUCGGGCGUCCUCGCCCUAGAAUACGGAGCCGGCGCCAAGGGCCCGCUCGGGAGCGCCGCGAUUCCGCACCGAGGCGAGCGCAGCGGUAAAGUGCGACUGCGCAUCGCAGCAGAAGACGUCAAGAUCGCCUUCCGCGAAGACGAGGAAGCAAAGGGUCUAGGACUGGGCAUGGACCAAUGAUCUAAACUGACCGCCACUUAUACCCAACUAAAUAGAAUCUGUACAACAACAAUAAUGAUACCCAAGGGAAUGUAUUGAAGCCACAAUCCCACACCAACCGAUCGUCACACCUACAAGCAACUAACCAAGUGCCAUGAGAACAGACACAAGUCUAAGCCCUAGCAAGAAUUAUGAUACAUUGAUUCCUUUUAUGAGCCCAAACAACCCCCCAAUAACUAAACUAAACUAGUA